AGCCCAUAUUGGUUUAAGAAUUGAAUAGGGAGAUUCUGGAGAUAAAGAGCUCCAUUCUCAUCUAGAAGAAAAAAGGGUUUAGCUUGGGUUUUGUGUGUUUUUGAGGACCAAGAUCCAGGAACUUGUGUUUGAGCUCUACCAAAUGAGUCAUUUUCUGAGGAAUGUUUUGAUGGUAAACCGGAAUCGACAUCGGAUUCUGGCCAUUGCUGCCGUUGGUUCGGCUUUUUUGUAUGCCAAAGGGGACGAGAAUUUCAAUUCGUCAUUCUCGGUGUCAAUUCCUGCACCAUGGCGUGAAUCGUUAUCACUGCCGAGGCAAAACUGGCCAUUUGGAGUUGUACCAUUAUUUUCUGUUGCACAUGGUUCGGGUCCUUCAUCGGAUGUAUCUGGUUUCUCCGUAGCUCCAGAGAGCCCAAAGCCAUGCUGUGGAUGUUUGGGCAAAGAUACAAUUGCAAAGGCCGCUGCGAAGGUCGGUCCUGCUGUUGUCAAUAUAUCUCUUCAACAGGGUAUAUAUGGGGUUGGUGUUGGAAAGGGUAUAGGCUCUGGAACUAUAAUCGAUGAGGAUGGCACGAUCCUAACAUGUGCUCAUGCUGUGGUUGAUUUUCACGGGCUGAGAGCUUCAUCAAAGGGGAAGGUUGGUGUAACUUUGCAAGAUGGUCGGACAUUUGAGGGUACUGUGGUGAAUGCAGAUCUACAAUCUGAUGUUGCUAUUGUGAAGAUCAAUUCUAAAACCCCCCUUCCAACAGCAAAGUUGGGCACCUCAAGCAAACUCCAACCUGGGGAUUGGGUGAUAGCAGUUGGCUGUCCACUUUCGCUUCAGAAUACCGUCACAGCUGGCAUUGUAAGUUGUGUCGACCGCAAAAGUAGUGAUUUGGGUCUUGGUGGACUGCGGAGAGAGUACUUACAGACAGAUUGCGCAAUCAACCCGGGGAAUUCUGGGGGACCUCUAGUAAAUAUGGAUGGAGAAGUUAUUGGUGUUAAUAUCAUGAAAGUACUUGCUGCCGAUGGAUUGAGUUUUGCUGUACCGAUUGACUCAAUCGCCAAGAUAAUGGAGCACUUUAGAAAAAAUGGGAGGGUUGUUCGGCCUUGGCUUGGACUGAAGAUGAUUGACCUAAAUGAUAUGAUAAUUUCUCAGCUUAAAGACAGAGAUGGUUCAUUUCCAAAUAUAAAAAGAGGGAUUCUCGUACCUAUGGUAACUCCUGGGUCACCUGCUGAGCGUGCUGGGUUUCGUCCCGGUGAUGUUGUUGUCGAAUUUGAUGGAAAGCCUGUUGCAAGCAUCACAGAGAUCACUGAAAUUAUGGGAGAUAGAGUUGGAGUACCAUUGAAGGUGGUUGUGAAGAGGGCGAAAGAUGAGUUGGUGACUUUGACUGUAAUCGCAGAGGAGUCCCAUACAGAUAUGUGAAUGACAAAGCUUUUGACUGUAAAACUCCCUCCCUCCGUGCCGGUCCUCCGAUGGCAGCUUAGAUGGAUGUAAGUUUAGUGAUAGUUACAUGUAUUGUAACAAUGUGGAUUUUCUUUAUCAAUAUUUCUUAGUGAAGAACCAGUUAACGAGAGAAAAAGGAACAACGGCAGUAGUACCAUUUUCUGAUGAAA